GAACUACAGAGGUCAAUGCUACAGGAAAAUCCUUCACAGUAAGAAGCAGCCUCUUGUUUCAAGUGGACAAACGGGAUGAUGGAGUCGCAUACACCUGCAGUGUGGAACAUGUGUCUCUGUACAAACCGUACAUGACAACUGAGGUCCUGGAGGUUCAUUAUGCUCCACAACUGGAAAUCACACAUUCACUGAUAAUUCCACAGGAAGGACAAUACUUCAAACUGGAGUGUGUUUCCAUAGGCAACCCAAUACCCGAACCAGUGCUCUGGUCUAAAGAUGGAGGAGAGCUGCCAGACAUUGAGCGUAUGAUUGUGGAGGGCAGAGAGCUCACCAUCACGACACUCAACAAAACAGACAAUGGCACAUAUCGCUGUGAGGCCAGCAACCAUAUGGGGACCAGCUUUGCUGAGUAUAUUCUGUUUGUAUAUGCCAAAGAUUUUCCAGGCCCUACAACAGACCCUAAUGCUUUAGGACAACAUGGACCUGACCAUGCUUUAAUCGGCGGUGUUGUUGCAGUUGUGGUCUUCAUAACCUUGUGUUUGAUAAUAGUUCUUGGAAGAUACCUGGCUAGACAUAAAGGGACAUAUCUAACGCACGAGGCCAAAGGAGCAGAGGAUGCCCCCGACGCUGACACCGCUAUUAUCAAUGCUGAGGGAAACCAUGUGCAUGCAGAGGAAAAGAAGGAGUACUUCAUUUAGACCUCUUCCUCCUUUCUUCUUCGUUUCCACGUUCAACAAGAGACAUGCAAUUUCAAGCUGCCUCAGUGUCACAACAUGGUCUGGGUUUAUAUCCUUACUCCUUUUUUUCCAGGAAUCUCAUGCUUGGUUCAACUUGACUUUUAAAACAGCUUUCUCCUUUUAUAAUCAAUACAAAGUAAAGGUUGGAUUAGAUUUUAGUUUUCUUGUGCCUAAAUGAGAUGUUUUUCUGCAUUUUCUUUCAUAGACUGCGUUAUCAAACUUAUCCACUCUCUUACAUAACUGUCAAAAGAACUUUUGAACACAGAAGGGAUAAAAGAUGCUCUUGAUUCUAAGAAAUUCAAGGUUGGGCUUUUCAAAUUGUUUUACUUUAAGAAAAAAUAACGCUGAAAUGCAUCAGUUUAUCAAACAUUUCCAUAAAAAGAUGUUCCUUUUUUAAUUAAGCAAUUGUCUUGGAUGUCACCUGGAUGUUACCUUAACACAGCCAUAAUGUAUAACAUAACAUGACACACAUUUUGAUAUAACAAAACAUAAAAGCACAAUCUGCACGAUUGUCCAAAAAGGAUCCAUCUCCUCUUAACAUACUCUUAAACUUAUUCAUUUCAGUUUUCCCAUAUAUAGUUAUUUUAUACUAUGAAAGUCGGAAAUUUAAAGCACAAAGUCUGAGGACUAAAAAAAACAAGUGAGGAAAUAUGUGAACUGUAUUGUGUCUCAGGAUUCAAAACGAGUCUAGAUGGAGAGAUGGAGUCUGACAUGUAAAAAAGAUUUUGAUCAUCAUAAUGGAUCAGGAAUAUUUGGUCUUUUUCGUUGGCUAUUUAAUGUAAAAUCAAAACUGAAUGAGUGGGACUUUGUGGGGCUUUAUUAUUUAUGUUGAACUUUAUUAAACAACAACUAUGCUUAAUGUGUGGAUAUCGCUGUAAAAUACUUUGCUAACGUGAAUAUUUGUGAAGAAUAUUGUUAAAUCUUGGGAUCCCUGGCACAUUAGGUUUUGUAUAUUAGCAUAUUCAUAAUUUAAUGUAUUCCAUAUUUCAUGAUGUUUUUUUUUAUCGUUUAUCAAACAAGAGUUACAGUGCUGUGAAAGAGUAUUGGCCUUACAGAUUUUUUCAGGUUUGCAAGUCUUUCCCUUGACAAAUGUUUCAUAUCAGACAAUUUUUAAAUGUAGACUGAGACAACCUGAAAUAUGCUAAAGUAGCUUUAAAGCCCUGGAAUCUGUCUAACAAGAUAAAGUAGGCUUAAGAUCCCACAAAGCCAAACAUUAUGCCUUUUUCCAUAAAAGUUCAGAAUUAUCAACAUCUAUCAGUCUGCAAAGAAUUACAAAGCAAUUUCUAAGGUUUUGUGACACUGGUGAACCACCGUGAAAGCUAUUAUCAUAAAACAGAGAAAAUAUGGAACAUUGAUUAACCUGCCAGGAGGAGCUAUUCUACCAAAACUACUUUAACAGCAAAUCUACAACUAAUCCAGAAAGUCUUAAAAGACCCCAGGAAAACAUAUAAAGUGCUGCAGGCCACACUUACCUCUGUCAAUCUAUUUUAUGAUUCAGCUAUAAAAAAUGGUGGCUAUAGACAGUAUAGCAGAAAAGACAGUGUUGAAAAAACAAGAGACAGAAGUCUAUCGCACAUUUCUUAAAGAAAAACAGUUAUUAUUCAAAAGACUUUGAGUGGAGAAAGAAAAAAAAAUACUUUUGUGAAGUGUGCUUCCUGAUAUAAGUGGCAGAAAACAAGUAAAGUCCCAGUCAGACAUGGUAAUUAUAGUGCAAAGGAAUGGGGUUGCUUUGCUGCAUCCAGAGCAGAAUACCUUACUGAAGCUGAUGGGACUAUGUAGCCUAUAGCAGAACAUCUAGCUAUCAGUUUGUGAAUGUUACCUGGGUUUUGCUGCAAAUGAUGAAAUAUAACAGCAAUCACACCUUGUAGUGGCUAGAUUAGUUAAAAUAUGGACUUAAAGGUUUGGGAGAGGAUCUUCUUGAUUGUUUUUAAAAGACCUGCCCUCUUCAUUUAAAAAAUGCAGGUGCUAGAGCAUGCACAAUCCCACUUCUCCUUGUGCACACUCAUACAAGCUCACUGUGCCCAAACGUCCUUCCUAACCUCUAUAUCCUUCAAUCACUAUAAAGCAAGGGGACUAUAUAGUGGACUUUAUAGUGAACUCAAUUAACUGACCAUUUGGACAGAUGAUCACUACUUUUUGCUCUGUUGGUUAAACAACUCCUCCUCCACUGCGUGGUGCCGGCGCCAUCUUUGUUAUUAGUCGCCGCUGUUGAAUAGUGACAGCAAAUCUCAUAAUGCUUUGCGAGGAGAGCUCUCUUCACAAAACAUUGUGGGAUAUAUCUGCCUCUGAUAUGAGGCCUUUCUUUUCUUCUCAUACACUUCUUAGACACCUUUUCUCUUACAACCCUCAACCAUUUUUAAAGAACCAUGAUGAAUGAAACCGUACAGUAGCUCACCACAGAUAUAUGCCUGAAAGUGCGCAUGUGCACAAAAAGAUACCUAUUAAGGUGAGCAUGUAAGACAGCCUUACGUAAAUGUAUCACCAGAAUGAUUGACAAUUGGGAAGACCAUUUAUUUAGAUGAUCCACCCAGAAAAAUAACAUCCUCCACUAUACCUUUGAGUGAGAUGCUGUUGCCUCAUGUAAAAAAUAAAAAAAAGUUCAUGUUAACAAACCCACCAACCAAGAGCGAGAAGUUCCUCUACAGCUUUGAUAAAGAGUCUUUGUUAUCUAUCAGAAAUGCUUGAUGGCAGUCAUUGUUGCUAAGACUGACACAACCACUUAUUAGCUUUAGUGAGCAAACAUUUGUUUCAUACAGUUGGUCUGGAUUGAUUUGUCUUUUUAUAAAUGAAUUAAACUUCUAAAAAGUUUUCAUUUUAUGUUCUGAAAACUGCAUGAUGAUCUUAAAUAUAACAGCAUCUUAGCAAUCCAAAAACAGACUGAAACCUGAAUUGGGACUAAUACUUUUUCACAGCCAGCUAGGUAAUUUAAGUAAACAUAAGAGGGAUGAAUUUCACUCCUGUUACUUUGAUGAGCGUUUUCACUCUUUUUAAGGUUUCGUCAAACAGGGAUUCUAAUGAAUUACCUAAAAUUGAAAAAAAAAAAAAUAUUCUGACUAUCUGUAUUUAUUAUUAUGACUGAUUCCGAUUUAUUAUGAUACUAUAUUAAUUAGUAUUAUUGUUGUUAACAAUUGAAGUAGUUGUCUGACAUUACAUUUUCCAUUUUUUAAAUUCUGUAAUUUAUCAUAAAAAAUACUAAAAGGAUCACCGUUAUGGCCUUUGAGUUUGCUGCAAACAGUACAUGACAUGACAUGUUGAGGCAUUGGUGAAUCAAACAUCCUCUAACUGUAUAUAUUCAUUGUAUCAAAGAAACUGAACCACAUUGCCAAUGCUCAUACAUGUUAUUUUCUUGAUUCCGUAUGAGGCUAUAAAUAGUCAUUUUGUACAAAGAUUUAAUUGCUGUAAUUAUUUUGCUUUUUACGGAGGGUGUCUGAGGUUUGUUUUAUUUCUCAGUACUGAAUAUUCAUUUUUCAACUAUGCCACUGUAAAAAAAAAUAAAGAAAAAUAAAGAAAA